AUGGCGGUGGGUGCGACCGCCACGAAGCUGCACCUCUCGUCGGCGGCCGCGGCCGCGGCCGCGCGCCGCCCCUCGCUGCUCCACCUCGCGGCCGUCGCCGUCCUCUGCUCGGUGUCCUACCUCCUUGGCAUCUGGCACCACGGCGGCUUCUCCGCGGGCCCCGCCGCCGCCGGCGGCGUCUCUUCCUUGGUCUCCAUCGCCACCGCCGUCUCCUGCGCCACCCCCGCCCUGACGGCCGCCUCCUCGUCUCCCCCCGCGGGGCCGCUCGACUUCGCCGCGCACCACACGGCGGAGGGGAUGGAGGCGGAGGCCGCUCUCCGCCAGCGCAGCUACGAGGCGUGCCCCGCCAAGUACUCCGAGUACACGCCCUGCGAGGACGUGGAGCGCUCCCUGCGGUUCCCGCGGGACCGCCUCGUCUACCGGGAGCGCCACUGCCCCGCGGACGGCGAGCGCCUGCGGUGCCUCGUGCCGGCGCCCAAGGGCUACCGCAACCCGUUCCCGUGGCCGGCCAGCCGCGACGUCGCCUGGUUCGCCAACGUGCCGCACAAGGAGCUCAGCGUCGAGAAGGCGGUGCAGAAUUGGAUCCGCGUCGACGGCGACAGGUUCCGCUUCCCCGGGGGCGGCACCAUGUUCCCUCGCGGCGCCGGGGCCUACAUCGACGACAUCGGCAAGCUUAUCCCCCUCCACGACGGAUCCAUCCGCACCGCCCUUGACACCGGCUGCGGGGUGGCGAGCUGGGGAGCAUACUUGCUGUCACGCAACAUCCUCGCCAUGUCCUUCGCUCCACGAGACUCCCACGAGGCGCAGGUUCAGUUUGCACUAGAGCGUGGUGUGCCGGCGAUGAUUGGAGUCCUCGCCUCCAAUCGGCUCACCUAUCCGGCACGUUCCUUUGACAUGGCGCACUGCUCUCGUUGCCUCAUCCCAUGGCAGCUUUACGAUGGGCUGUACUUGAUAGAGGUUGAUCGUAUCCUGCGGCCUGGAGGUUAUUGGAUUUUGUCUGGACCACCAAUCAACUGGAAGAAACACUGGAAGGGGUGGGACAGGACUAAAGAAGACCUAGAUGCAGAGCAGAAAGCCAUUGAGUCAGUUGCCAAGAGCCUCUGCUGGAAGAAGAUCAAGGAGGUGGGCGACAUUGCUAUCUGGCAGAAGCCUACUAAUCACAUUCAUUGCAAGGCCAUCCACAAAGUUAUCAAGUCCCCACCCUUCUGCUCUAACAAAAACCCAGAUGCUGCCUGGUAUGACAAGAUGGAGGCUUGUAUAACUCCACUACCAGAGGUCAGUGACUUGAAGGAGGUUGCCGGCGGCGCGUUGAAGAAAUGGCCGGAGAGGCUCACUGCAGUGCCGCCCCGGAUUGCCAGUGGCAGCAUCGAGGGGGUCACGGAAGAGAUGUUUGUGGAAGAUACUGAGUUAUGGAAGAAGAGAGUUGGGCACUACAAGUCCGUGAUUGCUCAACUCAGCCAGAAAGGCCGGUACCGCAACUUACUGGAUAUGAAUGCAAAGUUUGGCGGCUUCGCUGCGGCAUUGGUGAAUGACCCCUUGUGGGUCAUGAACAUGGUCCCUACUGUGGGGAACUCAACAACCCUUGGGGUAAUAUACGAGCGUGGCCUCAUUGGGAGCUACCAGGACUGGUGUGAGGGCAUGUCCACUUAUCCCCGGACCUACGACCUCAUCCAUGCAGAUUCAGUGUUCACACUGUACAAUGGCAGAUGUGAGGCGGAGAACAUUCUGCUCGAAAUGGACAGAAUUCUGCGGCCAGAGGGCACGGUCAUCAUCAGAGAUGACGUGGACCUGUUAGUGAAGAUAAAGAGCAUCACGGACGGGAUGAGAUGGAAUAGCCAGAUCGUGGAUCACGAAGAUGGUCCGCUCGUCCGCGAGAAGCUCCUCCUUGUUGUGAAGACAUACUGGACUCUAGAGGACAGCAAACAAUAG